AUGGCGACUGGCUUGAAAACAGAGGAUCUUCCCAAAGACCGCUUUGCGUUGGAACUAGAAUUUGUACAAAGUUUGGCUUCACCUGCCUAUCUGCAUUUCAUCGCUACGACAACGACGAGCGAUGGGCAGUCAUUACUAUUGGACUCGCGGUUCAAGGCCUUUCUACGCUAUUUACACGAAACAUGGACUCAUCCUGACUAUGUUCGCUUCAUAGUAUAUCCAUCAUCACUUCACUUUUUAGAGCUUUUGAUCAAUAACGACUCUUUUUGUCGCGAAUUGGGACAAGUUCCCUUCCGAAAUUUCGCUCAUCAGCAGCAAUACUAUGCUUGGCAACGAAGGUUCUCUGAUCUAUAUGGAACUGGGGAGGUAAAAACUGUAGAAGUUAUGAAUACCGAACAACCAAAUGCUGCAGUAGAAGAGUAG